AUGGCGAUGGCCGCGCUCCACCCCAGCCAGCCGAUCCACACGCCCACGCCAACGUCGCCAGACGACGGGGCCUCCUCGUCUUCCCCGAAUGGCUUCACGGGUCACGGCUCAGGGCUCCACGCCCUGCAUGACGUCACAGUCGCCGCGCAGGUCGCGCAGGCCGCACAAGCUGCCCAAGCCGCUCACACUGAUCAGACUGCCCAGGCCAGCAACAACGGCCUCUCAGACAGCACGGCACCGCCCACGGCAGCGCCGGGACCGACUUCCUCGCCAUCAAUACCACAGUCACAACAGGCAGAGGCGGGAGACCCGAGGCAAGACAAGACGGCUUGCGACGAGGCAAUGGAUGUCAUACAGGCCAGCGACACGUUUCCCAAGAACUUGCGGGUUGGCGACUUUGCGCGCAUCCGUACAUUAGGAACAGGCACAUUCGCACGCGUCGUCCUGGUCCGUCGACAACAGCCACGGAACGAAGACGAGGCGCACCAGGUCUUCGCUCUCAAGAUCCUGCGCAAGGCGGCCGUCAUCAAGCUCAAGCAGAUCGACCACGUGCGCCACGAGCGCCAGAUCCUCCAGGACGUCGCGGGCCACCCGUUUAUCACCAACAUGCUGGCAUCCUUUUCCGACCACGACUUUUUAUACCUCCUUCUCGACUACGUCCCCGGCGGCGAGCUGUUUAGUUACCUCCGCAAGUUCCGGCGCUUCGACGAGCCCACGGCCCAAUUUUAUGCCGCUGAAAUCGUCCUCGUUCUCGAGUAUCUGCACGAGCAGCAAGAUGGCGUUGCCUACCGAGACCUCAAGCCCGAGAACCUGCUGCUCGACGCCCGGGGCCACGUCAAGCUGGUCGACUUUGGGUUUGCCAAGCGGCUGGGCCGCGACGGGGCCGGUGGUGCAGUCGAGACGUACACGCUGUGCGGUACUCCCGAGUAUAUCGCGCCCGAGGUGAUCCAGAACAUGGGCCAUACGACCGCCGUCGACUGGUGGGCCCUCGGGAUCCUCAUCUACGAGUUUCUGACGGGCUAUCCUCCGUUUUGGCACCAGAACCCACUCGAGAUCUAUCGACAGAUCCUGGAGAAGCCCGUCGUCUUCCCACAAGACCCGUCCAUCUCGCCAGCCGCCCAAGACCUCGUUCAUCAGCUCUGCACGGUCGACCGCUCACGCCGACUGGGUAAUAUCAGUGGCGGAGCAGCCAAGGUCAAGUCACACACCUUCUUUGCCGGUGUCGACUGGAACGCUCUGUACGAGCGGCGCGGCCAGGGCCCCAUUGUGCCGCCCGUGCGGUACACGGGUGAUGCGCAGUGCUUUGAUAUCUACCCGGAGAACGAUGUGGACUUUGAGCAGUACACGCCAGAGCUGGCCGAGCAGUACGACCGGUUCUUUGCUAAUUUCUAG